AAAAAAGUAUAGAAAUUAUUUAGCACCUUUUGCUAUGUAGUAAUUAAUCUGUAAUUGUAUUUUUUCUUUCAGUGUUUAUAUGUAGAAUGUGGCCAUUUUUUAAUCUGAUCGAUCGAUUAAUCGUCAGAUUAUUUGAUUUCUGAGACAAACUAAACGAUGAGUUAAUGAAUUCUCGGCGGAGCCACGUUGCUCCCCAGGUGUUCCCACCUGAAUGGAGCUGCUCUCCAGCCAGGUCUUGAUCUUGUUCCCUCUAAUCUGUUUAUCUCUGCUCUGCAGCCGCGCUCUAAACUGGACUCUCCUCUAAUCUCAACGAGAACAUCGGCUAAUGCCGUUGCGUAACGGUUCAUCUUCAGCCGAGCCUCCAGGGAAUGAAACCAUUUCCUCCCACACACCUGGCCUCAACCUGCAUAAAUAUCCAGGUUCUGGUGAUUUAGAAACAUAAAAUACAGUCAGAACCAGAAGCUUUUGUUUGUUUCGGUUUAAAUGUAGCGGGUCAGAGUUGAACUCAAACAGGAUUAGCGAUCAUGGACACCAUCUUGGCCGCCGUCCUUUGCUGGAGGGAUGAAGAGGCGUGGCCUGUGGCGUCGUCUCAGCCUCCUCCUCCUCACAUGUCUGCCGUGUGUUGAGUCAACAGUCUACGGUUCUCUGUUGGAGAGGAAACAGGUGGAGGCGGUGAAGCUCUGACCUCAGCAUGUGAGAAGGUUCUGGUUCUCUGGGUCCGUCUGGGCCGGACUGUUUGGAGAGGACUCCGUCCGUUCUGAAGAAGACGGGUGGUUUGGACAUCUGCGAUGCCUGGAAGCCAGUACCAGCUGACCCGCCACAGGCUGAGCCACAGCCUGUACAGCCUGACGGACAGCUCGGACGGCGGCCAUGAGGAGGAGCGGCCCGACGACUCGCUGCACCUCACGCCGCUGCAGAAGCUAACGGCGGCCAUGUGCAAAGACGAGAAGACCAUCAAGGAGCUGAUCAUCGGCCGCAGGGUGGGCUUCUACAAGGUCAGAGGGGAGAUCGGCUACGGGACUUUCUCCAGGGUCAAACUGGCGUUCCACGCUCUGACCAAAGACAAAGUGGCUCUGAAGAUCCUGGACCGGACGCGGCUGGACGCCCAGGCCCAGCGGCUGCUGUCCAGGGAGAUCAGCAGCCUGGAGUGCCUGCAGCACCCCAACGUGAUCCGGCUGUACGAGGUGGUGGACACGCCCAGCCGCCUCUUCCUGGUGCUGGAGUACGCCGGAGGAGGGGAUCUGCACAAUCGGAUCUGCACCGAGGGGAAGCUGUGCGACAACGUCAGCAAGAUCACCUUCGCCCAGAUCCUCUCUGCCGUCAAAUACAUGCACAACUUGAACAUCAUCCACCGCGACCUGAAAGCGGAGAACGUUUUGUUCACCUCCGCCGGCUGCGUCAAAGUCGCCGACUUCGGCUUCAGCACGCGCGUUGCGAGCCGCAGCAGCUCGCUGGACACGUUCUGCGGCUCGCCGCCGUACGCCGCCCCGGAGCUGUUCAGGGACGACAGCUACCUGGGCCCGCCGGUGGACGUCUGGGCCAUGGGGGUCCUGCUGUUCUUCAUGGUGACCGGCAGCAUGCCGUUCCGGGCCGACACCAUGGGCAAGCUGCGGCGCUGCAUCAUGGAGACCAGCUACGCCAUCCCGCCGUGGGUGCCGGGCCCCUGCCAGCGGCUCAUCAGGGGCAUCCUGAAGCCGGUCGCCGCCGAGCGCUACGCCGUCGACCAGAUGCUGGGCUGCGAUUGGCUGCUGCCCGUGGAGUUCCCCUGGGCGCUGACGCCGCCGGAGCCGCCCGGCCCGCUGCAGAGCCUGCUGGAGUCGGAGCGCGGGAACCCGGAGGACGAGGAGGUGGAGGAGGAGGUGCGGAGCGCCCUGGAGGAGCUGGGCUUCACCGCCGAACACCUCCGCAACCACCAGCUGACGGACAGCCGCAGCCCCGUCACCGGCGUCUACCGCAUCCUGCUGCACCGCGCCCAGAAGAGGUGGGGCUGCGACUCGCUGCCCGUGGUCCGCGGCAUGGUGAGGGACCCCAAGAGGGAGGGGCUGCGGGCCUACAGGGGCCUCAGGCACACCUCCAAGUUCUGUGUGCUGUCAUAACGGACCGCUACGGGUCCGUCUGUGGCCUAAACAAAUCAUUCUUAGAUAACAAGAGUUUAGUUUUUAAAUCCAGACAAGCUGCUGCUGGCCACGCC